CCCACUCCAGUGUUCUUGCCUGGAGAAUCCCAGGGACGGGGGAGCCUGGUGGGCUGCCGUCUAUGGGGUCGCACAGAGUCGGACACGACUGAAGUGACUUAGCAGCAGCAGCAGCAUACUUUAAUUAAAAAGAAGCAACCUUAGAUAAAAAGACCUUAUGGUAAUUAUAUCAACAGGAGAAAUGAGAAAUGAACAAACAAAAAUGCUACCAAUUAUAGUUGUACAGACAUUGUGAAUUAUAAAUUUCAUUCCAAUAUCAGAGAUGUUAAAAUGUGAGAAAAUGAACAUAUUAGAAUCACUGAAGUACAAUGUUGUCUCUAAUCCUCAAAAUGUAUCUGCAAAGGAGGUGUGAUCCCCUUUGACUUCAUGGAGUUUUGUCCUUAUAAAAUAGUAGUAAUAGUAAUAAGUAUGAUUAUAUUACCUAACAAUUACUGAGCUGUUAUCUGUGUGAGGAACGGUUCUAAACUCUUUGCAUGGAUCUCAUUUAAGCAUCGCAUAUGGUGUCCUGUGACAGAACUACUUCUCUCUCUCCAUUCUGUUGAUGAGGAAAUUGAGGCACAGAGAGGCUGAGCAACAGCUAAUAAGUGACAGAGUGAAAGUCAAAUUCAAACCCAAGUUGAGCUGAAUCUCAAGGUCAAGGUCAUUCUAUUCAAGUAGAUUGUUCUUUCAUUACUGUGUUAAGAAGAGCUAAUGCUAAUAUAUAAUGUUCUUCUCCAGAAGGAAAUGAAAUAUUUGUUUCAGAGGGAUAAGGAAUAGCAUGCUAUUGACUGUUUUCAAUCACAGGAACAAUUGUGUAUUUUGAAACAGUGACACUACAGUUUCCUGAACACUCCUCUUGCUUUUGUAGGACUGCGCUCCACUUGGCCUGUGCCAAUGGCCAUCCAGCGGUGGUAACUCUCCUCCUGGAGAGAAAAUGCCUGCUUAACCUCUGUGACAGUGAACACAGGACCGCGCUGAUGAAGGCGGUGGAAUGCCAAGAGGAGGAGUGCGCGACUCUCCUGCUGGCGCACGGCGCGGACCCGAACGUCAGGGAUGUCCGCGGGAACACCGCGCUCCACUAUGCCGUCUUUUGCCAGAAUAUAUCACUCGCAGCAAAGCUGCUUUCCUACGACGCCGAUAUAGAAGCCAGGAACAAGUGUGACCUCACACCUCUGUUACUUGGCAUAAGUGAAAGAAGAGAGCAAAUAGUGGAGUUUCUUGUAAACAAAGGAGCAAAUAUACAUGCGGUUGACAACUUGAAAAGAACAGCCCUCAUGCUUGCUGUCAAUAAUGGAUCAGCAAAUAUCGUCAGACUUCUUCUUCAGCAAGGUGCUGACAUCUUUCCUCAAGAUGUUUUUGGAUGGACUGCAGAAGAAUAUGCUGUUAUUGGUGGCUUUAAUAUCAUUCGCCAACUGAUUUCUAAAUAUAAAGAAGAGAGACCUAAAACUCCUCCUGAAAGUAGCAACCCAGAGAAUGAGAGUUCUAAAGAAGACUCUUUAAGCAGGUUUUCCAGCAAACCUGGUGCUGAUUUACGGCUUACAUCAGAUAAUGACAUCUUAGACUUGGAAACCAAGCAGAGCAUCUCUGAGAGCCUUCCACAGAAGUAUGUGGAUUGUUUAUCUGGAGCUGGUGGUCGAAGAGGAAAAAAGACAUUAAAUGGACAAGUAGAAGAUUCUCCUGAGAAAUACGUUAAUGUGAAGCCUGCAGUCUUAGUGGAAGAUUCUGUUCCUAAUAUAACAGUUGGAAUGAAGGAUUUUCAAGCAUCCAGUUCAGAUUGGUCUUCUACUGCUUUGAGCCUCAGCAAUGAGACUUGUCAAAGAGCUGGGCAUUUGAAAGUUGAUGAUCAGUGUCUAUUGAUGUCACAAUCAACGACCAAAAAUCAGUCAACAUCCACAGAAUUUGGACAGAUGACCGUAACAGAUACAGUAAAGACGAAUAUUGCGGCAGUGUUUCUGGUAGGGAGUUCCAUGCUCCAUGACCUGUGCCAGUCUCAAGUGCCAGAAAACAGAGAAAGCGAACAAGGUUUGUCGGCAGAACUAGACUUGGAAAUGAUAUCAGAGGAAGAACAAGAAAAACUUGAUGGAAUUGGAAAUAACCAUUCACAGGUUGAAGGAGAACAGAAGCACCAAAGUCCGCGUGAACUAGAAGUACCAGACAACGAAUAUGAUGCUGCUGAUGAGAGUGGAUUAAAGAGUGGAGGAAACAGCAACCAGGAGUGUACUGCUAUGGAAAAUGAACGUUUUGAUAGUUUGAGGACUUCUUUCAGCAUUUCUUAUGAGGCCGGACUAGUGGUGAUGAAAUCCGUCAGCGAUCCUGGCGUGCACAGGAAGAAAGUAAAGGAAAAGAACAAUGAUAAACGGACACCAGAAGACUGUGUGAUUGCACCAGUAUUUGAAAAGGCUGAUUCACUGACUGGUGGGCUGCUGCUCGUGAAUGAUGACAACAAAGUGGAUGAAGAUGAUGACAGGCCUGCAAGAAUACCACUGUAUGAAAAGAAGAAGGUCAAAGAACAAAUUGAUUACGUGAACCACCUAGAUGAUUUACCUCAGUCGUCUGAGAAUGUUUCUGAGGAUGGUGACGUGCUUUACUCUGCGAAUUCCAUGUUGCAAGUAGAACCACUUGGCUUGGGGUGUAAAGAUUCUGUUAGUUUGUUGAAAAUCCGGGAUGCAAUUCUUUCGUAUGAAAGAUCAGUAGCAGUUAACAAAAGCCACUGUGAACUGCUUAGAGGAAAGAUUAAAAAAAUGGAAAGUAAGGUUAGUGGGCUACAGAAAGAGCUGUCAGAAACAAAAGAAGUGAAAUCACAGUUAGAGCAUCAGAAAGUGGAGUGGGAACAAGAGCUCGGCAGUUUGAGGUUCACCUUAAAACAAGAGGAAGAGAAUAGAAGAAAUGCCAAUAUGUUAUAUGAAAAAAUGAGGGAGCAGUUAAGAAGAAAAGAAGACAAAUAUAGUAAAGAAGUUGAAGUGACACAGCGACUAGCACUCACUUUCCGAGCACUGGAAAUGAAACUGAAGACGGAGAGAAGUCAUCUGAGUCAGGUUUCUGAUAGUUGUGAAGACACAAAAGCCCUGUUGCUCAAAAACCACAUGCUGCAGGAUGAAAUAGCCAUGCUAAGACUGGAGAUAGAUGCAAUGAAAAAUCAGCACCGGGCAAAGGAAGAGAACUAUUUUGAGGACAUUGAAAUUCUCAAAGUAAAGAACGAUAAUCUUCAAAAGGAAGUAAAACUGACUGAGGAAACGUUAACACAGACUAUAUCCCACUGUACAGGCCAGCUUAAUGCUCUGACAGCUGAGAAUACAAUGCUAAACUCGAAGCUGGAGAACAAAAAAGAAAGCAAACAAAGACUGGAAACGGAAGUGAAAUCCUACCGUUCUAGACUGGCUGCUGCCUUACACGAUCAUGAUCAAGGUCAGACGUCAAAAAGAGACGUGGAACUUGCCUUCCAGAGAGCAAAAGAAGAGUGGUUAUGCUUGCAGGACAAAAUGAAGUCCGAUGUGGCUCAUCUAAAAGAGAACAAUGAGAUGCUUUCCCAGCAACUGUCUGCAGCGGAAAGUGAAUUCAAUAAGCUGAAAAUCAAGCUGCAUCACACGAGAGAUGAUCUCAGAGAAAAGACUUUGACGUUAGAACGUGCCCAGAGAGACCUAAGCCAAGCAGAGUGUCAAAAGCAGGAAAUUGAACACAUGUAUCAGAAUGAACAAGGCAAAGUGAGUAAAUAUAUUGGAAAGCAGGAAUCCUUAGAGGAGAGAUUAUCUCAACUCCAGAGUGAAAACAUGUUGCUCCGACAGCAACUGGAUGAUGCACAAAAGAGAGCCGACAGUAAAGAGAAGACGGUCAUUAGCAUCCAAGACCAGUUUCAGCAGAUCGUGAGAAAACUUCAGGCUGAACGUGAGAAACAAGAUCUGAUGCUGGAGGAAAGAAAUGAGGAGUUAAUCAACGAGUGUAAUCAUUUAAGAGAGAGAAUGCAUCAGUACAAAAAUGAGAAAGCAGAAGGAGAAGCACUUGUGAGACAACUUCGACAAGAACUGGAUGACACCGUAAAAACGCUGUCUAUGUCGGAUGCUUCGCUGAAAGGCAUGUCAUCGUGUCGUGCUAUCUUAGAAGCUGAGGCACAGGAUUUAAAGAACAAAUUUAAACUACAACUACGUCAACUCACAAGUCAGACACAAGCUGGAUCUCAACAGAUGGACCUCAGAAUUAAAGACUUGGAAUCUGAAGUCCUCAAAAUGAAAACUUUGCAAGAAGAUUCUCAUAAAGCAGAGUUGGAAAAAUAUAAGCAACUCUACCUAGAAGAAUGUGAAGUGAGAAAGGCAUUGGAAGAUAAACUAGACAAGACUCAUGAGAGGCUGGCAGAGAUCAACACCAAACUUGAGGUGGAGAAGCAGCAGAACAGAUCUUUACUCAGCACUCUUAGCACGAGGCCAGUCCUGGAGCCCCCUUGUGUUGGAAAUUUCAAUAGUCCUUUAGUGCUCCAUGAAAGUCUUACUCCAAGAGCAAAUGGAGGGUUUUCUACCUCAAUUCCACGCCGUUCAGAUGACAGCAUGGAGACUUACUUGACCAAGAUGCGGCGGGAGUUGGACGGAAGUAUAGCUAGAGGAAUAAGAGAAGCUGAUGCUCAGUUUGCAUCUGAUGCCUUUAGACUGUCUUCUCGAGGAUCUGCAGAUGAGUCAGAUGUCUGUGAUGACCUACUCUUGUAAACAGAAGAACAAGAUAUACAGAUUUGGAAGGAAAAAUACAUGAUUUAGAAAGAUAAAUAGUUAAAGUUCCCCUACUGGACCGUUUCCAUGGCAUUUCGUUGUUUCCCAUUAAACAUGAUGAGAAAAUCUUUAUUAAAGGAAAAUAUU